AUGCCUGCUGCUGGAGCACCCACCACCGCCGUCAUGGCCAAGUACAGCUUCCUCGACGACUACUCCGAGGGCGCCCACCCGGACGUCCUCGCCGCGCUCUUUCGGAGCAACGGCACCCAGGAAGUCGGCUACGGCCGCGACACCUUCAGCGAGGAGGCCAAGCACCACAUCCGCACCCAUCUCGGCGACCACUCGGUCGGCGUCUUCUUCGUGCCCAGCGGCACCUCGGCCAACGCCAUCUCCAUCGCCGCCUGCCUGCGCCCGCACGAGGCCGUCGUCGCCGCCAGCUCCGGUCACAUCGUCACCCGCGAGACCGGCGCCGUCGAGGCCUCGGGCCACAAGAUCAUCAAUGUCGUCCCGGACAACGGCAAGCUGACUGUUGCCAGCAUCUCCAAGGCGCUCGACGACAACUGGCACUUUCCGCACAUGGCCCGCCCGCGCCUCGUCUACAUCUCCAACGCCACCGAGGUCGGCACCGUCUACACCAAGGCCGAGCUGACCGCCAUCAAGCGCCUCUGCGAGGACAACGGGCUGCUGCUGUUCGUCGACGGCGCCCGCAUCGGCUGCGCCCUCACCUCGUCCAAGAACGACCUCACCCUCAACGACAUGCUGGAGCUGACGGACAUCUUCUGGAUCGGCGGCACCAAGAACGGCGCGCUGCUGGGCGAGGCCGUCGUGGUCAAGCACCCGCGUCUCGCCGAGGACUUUGAGUUCUUCGUCAAGCAGCACGGCUCGCUGCUCGCCAAGGGACGCGUCAUGGGCGUGCAGUUCGCGGAGCUCUUCCGCGACACGCUCUACUUUGACCUCGCGCGGCAGGCGAACCGCGCGGCGGAGAAGCUGUCGCGGGCCAUCGUGGGCGCGGGCUUCGCGCUGCGGGCGGAGACGGAGACGAACCAGGUGUUCGCGGUGCUGCCGGUCGGGCUGGUCAAGACGCUGCAGCAGAGCUUCUCGUUUUACGUCUGGGAGAAGCACGACGAUGAGUGGGCGGUGAUCCGCCUGCUGACGACGUGGGCGACGGACCCGGAGCAGCUGGAGCGCUUCAGCAGCAUCGUGCUGCACUGGACCAAGUGA